GAACAGGUGUUAUAGAAUAGGCUGAUACAUUCAAAAUAAAUGUUCAAUGUUAUGCAAGUGUCCUUUUGAGAUGUUCAGAAUGAACGGUUGAGAUGGUAAACCGGUGUGACAGGUUGAAAAUGAACGGUUGAGAUGAUACGAUUUAUUAUUAUUUUUAUAAUUAAAUAAUAAAUAAUUAAUUUGAACCCACCAAUCAGCACCGUGUCUCCUUCUAUAUGGGUUCCAACUAGAGGUUUAAGUUUGGUAGCCGAGACUUCAGACCAGGAAACCAAUAUAUAUAUAAACCUCAACUCCGCGUUGAAAUACUCAACCCCUUUGUCUCUCUUUUGUCAAAUACAGAAGUUCAAGCUUGCAUUCGCAGGUUAAUUUCACUGAUUAGCUGGUUUACUGAUUUCAAGCACAUCAUUAUCAUAUGUCGUCGGAUUCCUUGUUGGGUUUGCUCAGAGUUCAUAUCCACAAAGGUGUAAACCUUGCAAUUCGAGAUCUACGUAGCAGCGAUCCUUACGUUAUCAUCCGAAUGGGAAAACAGAAAUUGAAGACUCGAGUGAUGAAAAAAAACCUAAAUCCUGUGUGGGAUGAAGAUUUAACUCUCUCGAUUGUAGAGCCUCUUCCCGUUAAACUCGAAGUAUACGAUAGGGAUCUAUUUUCAGCCGAUGAUAGAAUGGGGGAUGCAGAAUUCGACUUCACUCCAUUCUUUGAAGCUGUGAGGAUGCGUUUGAAUUCUGAUAUCUUAAACAACACGAUCAUCACAACUGUGAAACCAACGAGGACCAAUUGCUUGGCUGAAGAAAGCUACAUAACAUGGACAGAUGGAAGAGUUGUCCAAAACAUAGUUCUUAGAUUACGAAAUGUUGAAAGUGGUGAAAUUGAAAUAAAAUUGAGUUGGAUUGACGUUCCUGGUGGUGGUAAUAAACGUAUGUAAUUACUAA